AUGGAGAAGCAACUUGCUGCACUACUUGAAAGCAUCAUGCAUAUUUCGGUGAAAGCUGAGCGCAAAAAAAAGGGACAAGCGGUCCCGUGCCAGCUGCUACUAUCAAACGCAAAGGAUGCCGACGACGAUGCUCUACUACUAGCCGUAGGCGCGGCAACCCACGCCAAGCAGCAAAAAACGUUCAACACGCAAUGA